AUGUCCACAUUCGAACUUUUUCCCGCACUGCCAAAAGAACUGCGACUCAAGGUAUGGCGCACCACCCUCACAAAUCAAGGCCGGCUCGUCACAGUGUCCCCAAACCGAGAACUGCUUGCCUGCCGAAGCGGGCUACCCGUAAUUUCCGCCGUCAACCGUGAGAGCCGUCAAGAGUUCCUUCGGCUCUACAUCCGCCUUCACGAUGACACCCAUAACUAUUCCAGCAGCAUACAAGCUGAUAAGGGUACCGUCGAAGACCAUGUCUACUUCAACUCCCGGGUCGACACUCUUAUCAUCGGCACUGCCACAGAGACAGGAUCAGCUUUGAAAUCUUCUGGCGGACUGGAAGGGAUGCUGCUUUUUGCCCGCUGCCCGGUUGGAGCCCUUAUUGACGUACCUGCUUUAACCCAGCCUGCCAGAGAGCAGGUUCGCAACGUACAACUCUACGACCUCAAUCCUUCCCGUCGGAUGGAGAUGGACCCCUCUUUAAGGAACCGCAAACUGAAAUGGGGCCCCGAACGGCAAGGACCAGUACCCCUCCCCCGCCUUCGGUUCCCAAACCUCGAUACAAUCUUUAUUGUCACUCUGCAUGCCUCCUUCUGGGUCGGUAACUUCAAGUAUCAUGGCAGUCGAGGAAGACAUUUCCGGUAUAUCGUGCCCGGCAAUCAGGUCUACUACAACAUGAAAGAGACGGCAGAUGGGGAGAACUUUGGAGGGAUACGGCCUGCAUCAAGGAUUCCCGACGAAUGCCUCAAGCCCUCGACUGAGCAGACCAGGGCUGUGCGCGUUGACAUCCUCCGGUCUGACGACCUCAGCUGGGUCAACAAUGACUGGCAUUCUAUCAGCGGUUCUGACGAUUUCUGCCAUGAGACAUGGCUCAUGGUGUUGGAGUACGUCGCAAUACGUCUGGGCCAGAAAGAUGAGUAG